AUGGGAGCACAUGCCAGGCUCCUCCACUCCGUCGCGCCGUCCACGAUCUCUAAAGCUCAGCCUGAGCAUUGCUCGUGGCCCGUGGCGCGCGGCGACCUGAGCAUUGCUCAUUACCUAAACGUCCGUGGCGUGCCGGCGAUAGCAUCGCUCGUCGGCAGUGCGGUGCCGCCGCGUAAAUCACGCGAUGCGUAUCGCCCGAUGUCGCGACAUGCGCCCCAGGCC